CCGGUGCGCGCGCGGGAGGAGGAGGAGGAGGAGCUGUGGCGUUCACAACCACUCGGGCAGGUCGGCGCCGCUGGGAAGCAGCAGACGGUGCGGGCUAUAGUAGGUCCCUGCGUAGAGGUGCGGGCAGCCCUGAGGCCAUGGAGCCGGGUGACGCUGCACGCCUUGGCCCGGGGCGGGUGACCCGGGCGCUGCCACCGCGGAUGUGGCUGCUGCUGCUACUGGUGGGUUGGGGGCUGUCUGCUGGGGCCUUGGCCUCAUCUUCUGGGGCGGCGGCGGCGGACAGCAGCGCCAUGGAGGAGCUGGCCACGGAGAAGGAGGCAGAGGAGAGCCACCGGCAGGACAGCGUGAGCCUGCUCACCUUCAUCCUGCUGCUCACGCUCACCAUCCUCACCAUCUGGCUCUUCAAGCACCGCCGGGUGCGCUUCCUGCACGAGACCGGGCUGGCCAUGAUCUAUGGGCUCAUUGUUGGGGUAAUCCUGAGGUAUGGCACCCCUGCCACCAGUGGCCACGACAAGGCUCUCAGCUGCACUCAGGAAGACAGGGUCUUCAGCACGUUAUUAGUGAAUGUCAGUGGGAAAUUCUUCGAGUAUACCUUGAAAGGAGAAAUCAGCCCUGGCAAGCUCAACAGUGUAGAACAGAAUGACAUGCUGAGGAAGGUGACAUUUGAUCCAGAGGUGUUUUUCAACAUUCUGUUGCCUCCAAUUAUUUUUCACGCUGGGUACAGUUUAAAGAAGAGACACUUUUUCAGAAAUCUGGGUUCUAUUCUUGCCUAUGCCUUCUUGGGGACUGCUGUUUCCUGCUUUAUUAUUGGAAAUCUCAUGUACGGUGUGGUGAAGCUCAUGAAGAUUGUGGGACAGCUGUCUGAUAAAUUUUACUACACGGACUGUCUCUUUUUUGGAGCAAUUAUCUCUGCCACUGACCCAGUGACCGUGCUGGCAAUAUUCAACGAGCUACAUGCAGACGUGGACCUGUACGCACUGCUGUUCGGAGAAAGCGUCCUCAAUGAUGCUGUUGCCAUUGUGCUCUCCUCGUCGAUCGUUGCCUACCAGCCUGCAGGACUGAACACUCAUGCCUUCGAUGCUGCUGCCUUUUUUAAGUCGGUUGGCAUCUUCCUAGGUAUAUUUAGUGGCUCUUUUACCAUGGGAGCUGUGACUGGUGUUGUGACUGCGUUGAUAUCCAAGUUCACCAAGCUGCACUGCUUCCCCCUGCUGGAGACAGCGCUCUUCUUCCUGAUGUCCUGGAGCACGUUCCUCCUGGCAGAAGCCUGUGGCUUUACAGGUGUUGUAGCUGUCCUUUUCUGUGGAAUCACACAAGCUCAUUAUACCUACAACAAUCUGUCGGUGGAAUCAAGAAGUCGAACCAAGCAGCUCUUCGAGGUGUUACACUUCCUGGCCGAGAACUUUAUCUUCUCCUAUAUGGGCCUGGCGCUGUUUACCUUCCAGAAGCAUGUUUUCAGCCCUGUGUUCAUCAUUGGAGCUUUUGUUGCCAUCUUCCUGGGCAGAGCCGCACAUAUCUACCCACUCUCUUUCUUUCUCAACUUGGGCAGAAGACACAAGAUUGGCUGGAAUUUUCAACAUAUGAUGAUGUUUUCAGGCCUCAGGGGAGCAAUGGCAUUUGCGCUGGCCAUCCGGGACACAGCCUCCUAUGCUCGCCAGAUGAUGUUCACGACCACCCUUCUCAUCGUCUUCUUCACUGUGUGGAUCAUUGGUGGAGGCACGACACCCAUGCUGUCGUGGCUUAAUAUCAGAGUUGGCGUCGAGGAGCCCUGUGAAGAGGACCAGAGUGAACACCACUGGCGGUACUUCAGAGUUGGUGUGGACCCAGAUCAAGACCCGCCACCCAACAAUGACAGCUUCCAAGUCUUACAGGGGGAUGGCCCAGAGUCUGCUGGAGGUAACCGGACAAAGCAGGAGAGCGCAUGGCUAUUCCGACUGUGGUACAGCUUUGACCACAAUUACUUGAAGCCCAUCCUGACACACAGUGGUCCCCCAUUAACCACCACAUUGCCAGCCUGGUGUGGAUUACUGGCUCGAUGUCUGACCAGCCCUCAGGUGUAUGAUAACCAAGAGCCCCUGAGAGAGGAAGACUCUGAUUUCAUCCUGACCGAGGGUGACCUCACCUUGACCUACGGGGACAGCACAAUGACCGCGAAUGGCUCUUCAAGCUCCCAUGUGGCCUCCCUGAGCCUUGAGGGCAGCCGGAGAACAAAGAGCAGCUCAGAAGAGGUGCUGGAGCACGACCUGGGAAUGGGAGACCCAAAGGUUUCAAACAGGGGCACCCGUUUGGUGUUCCCCCUAGAGGACAAUGCAUGACUCCACACCACCCCUCCAAGAAAAACAACCCUGAAGUGAGGGGUGGGGUGGGUAAGGCCCACUGGUCAGGUGAGAUUGGCUGCAAGACCAGAGUUGUUGGAGGUGGGGCACUGACUGAAUGGAACUAAUGCUUCUAUAUUAUUGGGGUCUGAAGAUCUCUUAAUGCUUAAAAUUUAACCCAAGAUGCAGAUGGUGGGGCUAACAUGUUUCUCAACCCAGGUCUGAAUCGCAGACCUAUUCCCACUUUUCACAUAGUAGUGCGCUGUUCAGAGUUACUCAAACAAACAAACAAACAAAAAAAAAACAUGCUUUCAUGAUCUCUUAAUCAUUCACCUGCUGAUCUGACCAAGGUGUGGCAGGUGCAAGUCCAGCUGGUUGUAGGAAUAGCAACUUAGGGGGAGGCCAGAGCACAAAGAUAGACAAUUUACAUUGGAACCCCCCCCCAAAGGACUAUGGGAAGCCAAUGUGAGAUGCCACAGAAAACCUGGAAAACCAAUCUGAGUGAAGACUCCAGCGACCAGGGUGGCAUGAAUGUAGCCUCUUGUCAGGACUCCUGACUUUUUUUUCUUUUUGCUACCUGUGUUUCCUCUAGACUGAAGAUCAGAAUAAGACAUCUGUUGAAGCAUCAACAUUAGGAAAAUGGUCUUGAAGACGUUACAGGAAUUUUCAAAACCAAAGGCAAAUAUAUAUAUAUAUAUAUAAUUUUUUUUUAAUCUGAGGACAAGAAGAAACUGUUCAGAAAGCAUGGUAUCAGUGCAGAAGAUCAGUCAGCCCCUGAGGGCUGCCGUGCUAACUGACUGCCUGGGCAAUGAAUCAUAGGACUGAGAUAGUGCCUGUAGGUUUAGAUGUGGCACCCACAUUUUGUGGGAGGCUUUUAUCUGAAGGAAGAGAAGGCGGCAAGAAGAGUGGAACUAAUGAUCUAGUGUUCAUAGGGAAGAACUCUCACUGUGAAGUAAAAAAAAAAAAAAAGCAAAAGAAAUUCAAGCUAGUAUUCUAAAGACUGAGUAGUUUGAGCUACCAAGCUAAUACACAUGCACACGGUUUUGGUGGCCACAUUUCAUUUCAAGUCAAUGAAAAGGGAAACCUUUAGUGAGAGGCUCUGUUAUUCUAAGAAUCCAGAAGUCUUAGCACUGUAGAGAAAAGCUAUCUAUCAUCUUAGUGUCUGGCAGGGGGUGGGGGUGGGGCUUGUACCAGCUUCAGAGAUAAGUGUGGUUUGAAGUUUAGGUUUUUAUCUUGGGUUCUUUGUGAAUGAGCUGUCUAUAGCUGUUCUGGGUGAAAUAUGAAGACUGCUUAGCAAUUAAGUUGGAGAUUCUCUGCAUUUCUCUCUGCUUCAGUGCUAUUGUAUUUGAAAAACUCAGUUUUUUCAGAACACACUGUUGGGCAAUGUGGGUAUUUUUCUUAUUGCAGUAGACAACAUAGUAGCCCAGUCUAGUAUAUCCAUCGUGAAUCCAGUUGUAUAAUCUUAAUUUGUUUUUUUUCUUAAUGGUUUAGUUCAUAAAUAAGACACUGCUCCAUACUUUGAAAAUUUGUAAAAAUACCAGAGAAUGUCUAUUUUUAGGUUGAGUCCUAUGACAUUGCUGAUAUUCAGCUAUUCAAAAAGCUGAAAUGGCAGUUUCCUGUGGUUCAGUGUCGUAAAUUGAAUGGUUUUUAGUGCUGUACCUACUGUACUAUGAUUAACUCUUUUUAUCCUGGAAGUCCUUCUUUCUUUCUUUUUUUUGGAAUAUUUUACUUAUUUAUUAUUGGAUAGAGAGAGAAA